AUGAUCAGUCUGCAGGGUGUUCAACCUAUAAGGAGCUGUCUAAGAAGUACGAAGAGAUUGUGUUGACCGCAUUACACCGACCAGGCUGCACAAUAGUGGACUUAAUUUCCGACCAAUAUCCCUCUGUUUCAGUGAAGGCAGACAAACGCACAAAGAGAGGGGAAUCGAGCUCCCUGGAAGUAAUCAUCCACAGUGGAUCAACACGAGUUCUGAAGCAAUGGGCGAAAUACAUUUCAAACCUGAAAAACAAAGAAAACCUGGCGAAUUUUCUUUGUGAAACUUUAAGUGAACAGCUACCACAACGUUUAAGCUCCUCGGAAAAGGUCGUCUUGGCUGGCGGAUUUAGGGAUGGAUCAAAGACAGUGUCGUUAACUCAAAGCUCAGUGGCUGUUGAGCAUAAUGUAUGCUCAGAUCACGAAGAAGCGGACACCAGGCUGCCAACACCCACCCAAGAAUUGUGA